AUUAGGGAUAGGAAAAAUGCAUGUCGCGGACCGGAUGCGACUCAAGGUUCGGGUGUUGUCCAAAAUGGUUAUGUUCAAUGUUCAAGUGAUGCAAGGAUGUUGGCAAAAGGAUGGAAAGGGCUAACGCUAAGGAUAGAAAAUGAUAUAGACACUAUUAUG